AAGAGAGUGACCUUUGAACCCUUGGCCCUUCUAUUUAGCGCAUCUAUUGAGGGGGAGUUAGAUGUCAUCAAGGAGGCAAUUAUGAAGAUUGGUGACCCUAACGUUUGCAACGACGAGGGCAUGACCCCCCUGCACCACGCCAUCUUCGGCGAACACUUCCACAUUGUCGAGUACAUGGUCGGAACCGGAUGUGACGUCAACUUUCCAGAUAUUGAUGGAUGGACACCGCUACACUGUGCUGCCUCAUGUAAUGACCUCAAAAUGUGCGAGUUCUUGGUGGAAAAUGGUGCCUGCGUCCACUCGACCACCAGCGACGACCAGCAGCUGCCCUCUGAGAAAUGUGACGAGGUUGAGAGGGGGUAUGAGGAGACCAAAAAUUAUCUUCUCAAAAUCGAGGCAGAAGUGGGGCUAGCCAACAACGGCCUCGUCUACGCCCUGUACGACUACACUGACCCAGAAAGUUCGGACGAGUUGACCUACAUAAGUGGGGACUGUUUGGUGGUUUUGAGGAGAGGUGAUGAUGUGGAGACUGAAUGGUGGUGGUGCUGUCUGGAGUCUCGGGAAGGAUAUGUCGCCAGAAAUUUAGUCGGGAUGUAUCCAAGAGUGACGCCUUUGGCACUGCAAUGAAACUUGGUUUAACUGCAUUCUAUUUAUAUUAUAAAACUUUAGCCGUAUGUAUAUAAAAAAACACACACAUUCACACGCACACACACACACAAACACAUUCACACACACAUACACAUAGUUAACUGUGUUAUAGCUACACUAGAAUACUAAAUUCAUUUGCAUAUUAUUAUAUGAUUAAUGAAAUACGAAAUAUUCUUGUGUACGAUCAUUUUGUCUAUUUUGUCAAAUCUAUUUUGUCAUUUCUAUUUUAUUUAAUUCAUAAAAUUGUAAAAAUAUGAAUGCCCGUAGCCAUCCAGCUGUCUAUAUCUCUCAAUUGCAAUAUUUUUGUACAUACAUUUAAUAUGAUGCGUGUGUGCGUGCGUACGUGAUGCUAAUGGCCUAUGAAAUAUUAAAUACACGCUCCACUGCACCAGACUUAGUGAAUAGGUAGACUUAGACGUAGAAUAUAAUUGAUGUCUUAUAGAGUUUAAUAAGUUUUUUCAAAUUUUUAGGUGACAUCUUUUUAUCUUUCAUCUCUCUCUUUCUCUCUUUCCCUCUCCCUCUGACUGAAAAUGGCUCCAGAUAUUUAUCUAUUCAUUUAGGAUAUCAUAAUUGUUAUCUCUAACACGGAUAUCAGCAUAUACAUAUCAAGCAACUUAGUUUCUGUAUUUAAAAAUUGAUUGGCAUACUUUGCUGAAUUGCUUAUUUGUGAUUAAAUUGUGAAUAAACUGAUAUUAUCUGUUGAUUGAUCAUCUUAUUUAUGAUUAAAUUACGAAUAAAGUGAUAUUAUCUAUUGAUUUAUCGAUCGAUUGAUCAUCUUAUUUAACAUUUGUUGGCCUCUAUUUCUUCUUUUUCUGCUAAACUUCAAUUUUGUAAAUGUUUAUUUAUUAGAUUCCUUAAGUUAAUUUGUUUCAUGUUUAAAUCGAUUUCUUGACGGUAUAAUAUUUUAGAAUGUAUUCAUGUAUUUGUGCAUGUGUGCGUGUGUGUGUACGUGAAUACUUUACAAAUUUAAAACUCAAUCAUUGAAACAGUCAUCACACAUUAGUUAGUUAACACUUAUAAGGGACGCUACUGCUUAAACAGACAAAUAGAAUUAUUUAUCGAACUCCUUGUAUCAUAUUUAGUUCCCAGAUACUAACCAACUGGUAGCUAGCUAUCUGUAUCUUUGACAAUAGUUUAAUUACAAUUAUUCAUUUAUUUAAAAA